AUGAAUAAAUUAGAAUUUAAUAAAAGGUUUUGGGAUACUAUGAGUAAAAGUGAUACAGUUAAUAAAAACAGGGUUCAAGCACAGGUAGUUAGUGAAAGUGCAGAAGUUGAAGGUAUUGCAGAGUUCCAUAGUUGGGCUGAAAAAGAUACUGGUGUUAAUAAAAAGUCAGACACACCACAAAUAGAAUCAAUUUUGGGGGGUUUAUUUGAUAAGAAGGGGGAUGCCGAAGUGUUUAAUGGAGCCAAAGACUCGAUUGCUGAGAUUCAGAUACAUAGGGGGGAAACUGAAGAUGGGGUUGUUGUGGAGGAGGAGGAAGAAGUAAUAGAGGGACAUUUAAAUAAUGAUCCUAAAUCAAGUGAUGUUAUUAAUGAGAGUGUGGAGGAAGAAAUAAAAGUAUUUGUAGAAUUGAAAAGUGAUGAUGUAGUAAAGGUAAGUGAUGUGACAAACAUGGGUAAUAAUGCAGUUAAUUUAAGUGAAAUGCAGACUAGGGAAUGUGUAUCUGAGGACAAGCUAUUGCCUAUUGGGAACUAUGAAACACUAAUCUAUGAGAAUGGUAAUAAUAAUAAUAAUAAUAAUAAAGAAAAUAUAAAGGGAUGGAAUGUAAAUGUGUGUUUUCAAGAAAAAGAGGAAAAGUUUUUAGAAGUUUUGUGGAACAACUAUGGAAUCUGUAUAAACAAAGAUGCCUUUUGGAAAGAAUUAGCAAAGCUGGAUGCAAUGGCGUCCGAGUUUGCGAAUAAACAGGAUUUUGUUACAGUAGAGAGUACCAAACUUUUGGCCAAACAUGAUGCACUGACAAAGGAGUUAUCUGAUGAAAUAACCACGUUAAAAUUAACACACGCUGGAAUGCCGGGGAACGUACAGAAAUUAUCUCACGAGUUGUGUGAGGUAAAGCAGACAAAGUGUAAUUUAUCUGGAACGUUUGAGGAACUAACAAAUAAAGUAGAUAACCCUGCUACGAAACAAAAAAAUCAAAGCAAUCAAUUUGACUCACAGAGGAAAAUAUUAACCAAAGAUCUAAUUUCUUGGAUGUCGACAAAGGACGAACAAAUUUCGGAGCUGGCAGAUAUGAAGCUGCAAGAAGAGGCUAGAAAGAUUUCUACCAAAUUAUCAAAGGGAAGUAAUAGGCCUGAUGAGAUGCUAGAUGCUGAGUUGCAUAAGACGACCAAAAAACUGAAUCAAGACUUGGAGACAUGUGGAAAGGCCAUUAGUGAGCAAUUCGAUGAAAUAAAAAUGGAGCUAGCCAAACUCAAAGAUGCAGUAAAUGACUACAUAUCGGUGGUACCACGCACUGCGGAAAACUUUGUUCCCAGGCUCGAUGGGCAGAAUACCGAAGAUGGAGAAAUGAUAUGA